GAGAAGACAGAAGAAGCAGAACGGGGAUUGGCAGCGAGCAGUUCCUUUUUCUUGCGCCGUUCAUGGUCGGUCUUGGAAGCUUCUGGAUUGCACUCGCGACGCUCUCUUGUAUGGCUUCCAUUGUAUACUCGGCACGCACUCUCAACGACUUCGUGCUGCAUUACGAGCCGCUCGCGUACGAGCCUAUCAGCGUGGGCAGCAGGCGCUGGAAGCGCUCAGCCGCGCAACACCAGGCCCCGCGCCACGUCGAGCUUGCAUUCAGGUCCUACAAGAGAGAGUUCAGGCUGCGCCUCGAGAGGGACCCGUCCGCUUUCUCCGAAGACUUCACCAUCGAGACGCAUCGAGGACCUGUACUGGACAGCCUGGAGCAUCUCUAUUCCGGUCAUGUCGUGGGGGCGCCUGACAGCCGCGUGGUGGGAUCGAUCAUAGGCGGCGUGUUCAGCGGCCGCAUCUCGCUGCCCCGCGAGGGCGAGGAGUUCUACGUGGAGCGCGCCGGCCAUUUUGUCCAGGACUCGGCCCCCUUCCACUCGCUCAUCUACUCGGCGCGGGACGUCAGCUUCGCCGGUGGACGUUGCGGCCUUCAUGGCGCCGCCAAGGAUGCCAUGGACCGAAUACGGCGCCAAUACCGGCGGCACCAAUCUCAGCAACGCCGUCUAAAGCGUUCGGUGAUGGACCUCGACCUCGAAACAACGCCGAUGACCAGCGCGAUUCGAAGGAAGGUUGCGGCCUAUGGUUCCGGCAUUCACGGUCGAAACCUCUCGAAGACGCCGUCCAACCGCGGUGGCCUCCUGGAUCCGGAGGGUACGCUUCGAAAGACGUACGUUCAGCGCGUGUGUAACCUCGAGAUCGCCGUGGACCACACGCUGUUCGAGGCAGUGGCCUCCUGGCAGGGAAACGAGCAUGACAAGAUUCUCAGGGCCCGCCAGGAGUUGACCAGCAUGGUGUCCAAGCACGUGAAGGCCGUCUCGGAGAUCUUUGGCGGCACAAACUUCAACGGUAUCACCGGGAUCGAGUUCGUGGUGCAGCGUCUCGUGAUCAACGACUCCAGCGCGUGCGAGGGACCGGCGAUGCGGACAAACCCCUUUUGCCAGGACAGCCUCGACGCUCCCCAUGCGCUGCACGAGCUGUCAAAGAUAAACCACGAUGGUUUCUGCGCUUCGUACCUGUGGACCCACCGGGACUUUCCCGGAGGAACGCUGGGCCUCGCCUACAUGGCUGAACCCGAUGGCUUCUCGGGCGGCAUAUGUGAGCAGUUCCAAUCCGGAGGCGGCAUAGUGGUCGACACUGGCACCACGGGCUACAUCGGUAGACUGAGCCUGAACACGGGCGUGGUCACCUUUCUCAACAAGAACAUGCGUGUGCCGCAGAGGGUCUCCGAAAUCACCUUUGCCCACGAGCUCGGUCAUAACUUCGGAGCACCGCACGACAUGCCUCCAGACUGUGUCCCCGACGGCACAGGCGGCAACUUCAUCAUGUUCGCCAGCGCCACGCGCGGCAACAAACCCAACAACCGGCGAUUCUCUUUAUGUAGCGUGCGCAACAUAUCGGCUGUCCUGAUGCAGAUGUUCUCGCAGCGCGGGUCCCGGCCCAACUGCCUGCAGGAGCCCCAAGGCCCCUUCUGCGGUAACUCCAUCCGCGAAAUGAACGAGGAGUGCGACUGCGGCUACGAGCGCCAGGACUGCGGUACCGACGUGUGCUGUUACGCGCGCGAGCAUGGAGAGAUCAACCGCAAGCCGUGCACGCUCAGGCCCGGAGCCGCUUGCAGUCCCAGUAACGGAGCGUGCUGCAGCAGCGACUGCCGCUUUCACAACACGUCGACGGCAUGCAGGCCUGAAGACGACUGCAGCUUCGAGGCCUACUGCACCGGCACAAGCGGCGAGUGCCCUCCGUCCGACUGGAAGCCGGACGGCACGUUGUGCAAUCACGCCACCCAGCUGUGCGACGCCGGCGAGUGCAGUCAGUCCGUUUGCCGCCUGUACAACCUGGUCGACUGCUACCUGACCGGGUCAUACCUGAGCAUGGCGGACAUGUGCCUCAUCGCCUGCAGAGAGAACGUGCCGGGAAGCGAAUGCAAGGAGGCGUGCAGCUUCGAGCGCAUGCGGGACUUCUGCGGCAGGCGCAUGCAGCCGGGCGCUCCGUGCUACGACCUGCAGGGAUACUGCGACGUUUUCCAAAAGUGCCACCUCAUCGACGCCCAGGGUUUGCUCUCCAGGCUAAAGCGACUCGUCUUCGGCGGCGAGGGCAUGGACAGCGCACUUGUGCGCUACUGGUACCUGACGCUGGUGGCGGUCGUGUUGGCGGGCGCGGCAACUGCCGUGUUCGUGCGAGUUUGCGCCGUGCACACGCCGAGCACCAACCCGCACCUGCCACCGGAGAGGACCAUCAUGUCGAGUGCACGCCACCCGGUCGCCUUCAUCAAGGAUGUGACGCGCUUCUCGUGAAGAGAUACAAGAUUGGGAAACCAGCUCUGCAUCUCUGAAUAUUCAAGGCGCUAUAUUGGGUCGGAAAGCAUUUCUUUCAGCGCCCCCCCCCCAUUUUAUUUUUUUGGCUGAGAAUCAGUCUCGAGUAACAAGCUGCUGUCCUCCAUCCCCCUCGCAGAAAACAACCGCAAACUAUAGAGGGACGACCAGCACUGAAAAUUUGAAUGUAUGCGUUAUGAAUUUAUUCUUGAGUUGGACUUGUCGCAAGUUCAGUGCUUACAAACACCUUCUUAAGAUUGCGUGCUGUUGAAGAUGACUAAAAGGAUAUACUCGUACGUGCUGUAUAGGCGAAGAGAACGUAACAUAAAACUACUGCAACGGCAAUUUGAUUACCGGGGACAGCUUUUCUUCGUGGGAAAGGCUGUGACUGGGAUUUCAAGCUUUUCUAACGUUUCCACUUGGGGGUCAAGUGAUUAUAUUUGCUUAACAUGCGUGGCUGUUUUGUCUUAACUGAGCAGCCUUUGGUAUAAAUACACAAGAAAACGAAAGAGAGCAGAUGUAAAGACACGCAGUGUGCCAAUGUGUGCGGAUAUAUUGUUAUUGUGUUCGUUAGGUCGCAACUGAUUGCAUUCAAUGGGGCACAUGAACUUCAUGGUUUUAUGGAACCACUAAAUCAUAGCGCCGAACUAGAAACGUAGUGCUUGUUCAUUUGUAUAUUUACUGGUUUGUUAUCCACUACUUUUGCAAUAGGAAGAAAUCAAGACGAUCAUUCAUUCUCACUUCGAAGCGUCUAGUCGCUUGACGAGCGGAAAUAAACAUGAUUGUUGAAGGAAAGCACCCACGUAUUGCCCUCUUUGCUCUUCCAGGAAUAUGACUGCCCGUACGCCGCAGUGUCAGUGUUUUAAGGAAUAAGCUGCUACGCGAUAGUAAACGCAGCAAAAUAAAAGGCAUUUGAAUAAAUCAAAAGCACCUGCCCAUGGUUAUAAGUGGACAAGCUGAUACAACAUGAA